AUGGGAUUCGACUAAGAGUCUUCUUACAUAACAUAUAGAAUAGUUGGAGAUAAAUUGAUUGCUUUGAAAUUCAAUGGUUCACUUAAAUCUUGGGAUUUGAUAUCUACGAAGGUAUAUGAAAAGAAUCAACUUGAAGGAAUUGAUUAUAGUUAAUAUAAAAGAUUUGAUAAAAAGAAUAGAGAAGCAGCACUUAUUGUAUCAAGAAAACCAAUAUCUGAAAGCUAUAUAAUUGAUUACUUUUAACCCUGGUAGUUGAAAAAGAACUUACCCUAUCAGUUCUCAAGCUUUAGAUGUAUUCUGUAUUAGUUUUAAAAAGAAAGCAACUUUUCGAACAGAGUUAAACUUGAACUCAUAAGAAACAUUCAUGAUUUUCCUACAGAAUUCAUUGGUGAUCACCUUUUCUAAGAUCAACCACAUUUUUUUUCUCCAAACUUUUUAAGAUAUGUCACACUGGACUAGUCUAAGUCUUAGUUUCUCAUUAAAGAUUUUAAUACUGGUCUUAUGCUUUAUCAGAUACCUCAAGAUCUAAUGAAUGUAAAUAGUGAUUAAAAUCCACUCUUUGUAAUUAACAGGUUUAUGUUCAUUGAUGAUGAAACUUUUAAAAUUGUUAGUGAAGAUGGCAUUGAAAAAAUGGUACAUAUUGAUAAUGGAUUCUAAUAGCUUGGAUUUAAUUAUAUUCCAUUAUUCAAAGAAAUUGAUGAAAUGGAUUAUGAAAAGACCCCUUACUACCUAUUCCAGCCUAGCUAUUUUAAAACAAUUUGCUUGAAUAAAUAGUCAUAUCAGAAUUAUAAAUCCUUAUAUUUAUUAGAAGGCAAGUAAAAAUCAUACCAAAUCACUCCAAAUAUGUUUAAAUUAGAGGAUGAUGGAGAGAGUAGCAUUACUUCCUUCUCCUUCGCUCAUUGGAGUUUGAUAGAAUAAUUAGUAAAAGGAAAGUUAAAGAUAGAAGAACUUUAAGAAAACAUUUUACAAGAAAUUCUUCUAAAUAUUCUUCCUGGUGGAAAUACUGUUCUUCAUUUACUUUGCGAUUAGCAUGAAGAAUUAAUAAAGCUGCUAGAAGUAGCUCACCCUUUGGGAAAAGUAAUAAGAUUUCAUAUGCCAUUCAUUUCCAACUUAGAGGGAUUGUCACCAAUACAUAUCUGCAUCUAAAAAUAAGCCCUAAGAAGUAUAGACGCCCUGCUUAAAUGUCUUAGUUUAUACCCAAUCGAUCAUCAUUCUCGAGCAAUUAAAGAUCUCUAUCCUAAAUUUAUUGAGCUAAAUCUUGCUAGUUCAUUAGACUAUUUUGAUUCUAGAAUAAAACAAACUCAAUAAUUGGAGUAGAUAGCUAGGGGAACACUAAAGCCAGAUUACCCUGAAAUAAUUAUAGAAGAUUUAUGGUUUAAUGAAGAAUCAUUUAAAAAGUAGAUAUUUUCAAAUGAGACUAUUGAAUCUAGAAUUAAAUGUGAGAUUCUUGAUAUACCUGGAAUUUACCACAUGAAAGAUGAAAAUUUCUACGACUUUUUCAAACAACUUUCUGAGACUGCUUACUCCGACUAUUUCAAUAAUAAAGUAAUAAAAAAACUGAUAGAAUUAAAUUAUCCGCUGGUAAAAGAAUACCUCAUAAAAAAACUAUUCAUACCAUUUUGUUUCUUCCAUAUCAGCUUUGUGAUUUUUAUGAAUUUCAUUUAUGACAAUAGAUUCAACUCUGGCUAUGAUUAAGUCUAUUAUCCUUUGCUAAUCUUAAAUGCUCUUUUUGCCUCCUAUUUUUUGUUGAACGAGUUAAAGCAACUCCAAUCUGGGUCAGACUAUUUCACAGAUUUAUGGAAUUACAUUGAUAUCAUUCCUCCGAUAGGAAUCUAUGUGUUUGUUGUAUCUGCAGUACUAAAUGAUUACGGAAUUUAAUAUGGAGAAGAUUUAGAGAGAAGCAUAUAGUCUAUUGUUACUUUCUUUAUGUGGUUUAAAUUCCUUUAUUUCCUGAGAAUAUAUAAAAGGACUGGAUAUUUGAUUAGAAUGAUUUUCGAAGUUAUUUCUGAUAUGAGAUACUUCUUCAUUGUGCUUUUGAUUACGAUAGUUGCUUUUGGAGAUUCAUUUUUGAAAAUUGCAAAUGCCAAUUAAGAUACAGAGAAAAGAUUUACAACUGGAUUUAUAGAUUCAAUCAUUUUUACAUAUAAAAUGAUAUUAGGAGAUUUUGAAACUGAUAAGUUUGGAGAUGUUGCAGUCUCAUUGGCAAUGACAUUAUUUCUACUUUGUACUAUUUUCAAUAUGAUAGUAAUGCUUAAUCUUUUGAUUGCAAUUAUUUCAGAAUCUUUUGCUAGAGUUAAUGGAAUGGCUGAACAAGCAGUAUACUAAGAAAUGGCAUCUAUGAUAUUGGAAAAUUCUUAUUUAGUACCAGAAUGGAAGAUGAAUGAUUAUUAUGCUUAAAACAAGUAUAUAAUCCUAAUCAAUGAUCUUGAAAAAAUUGAAGAUUCAAUUAGUGAGUCAGCUAUUUUAAAGGAGAUCGAAAAUCAUGUGAUCAAUGAAAUAAAAAGUAUCAAGACUAAGCAAAUAGAAGAUUCUGAAAAAAUGGAAUCAUCUAUAGAUAAAAUCAAUAAAAACUUAACUGAACUCGUUUCUAAUAAGUUUGGAGAACUGAAAAUAAUGAUAUUAGAACAACAACCUGCAAAAGUGGUUAGAGUUAAAAUAAAUAAAAAUCCACUGACUAUGACUACUUUGAAGAAAUUAAAAGAACAAUACAAGAAAAAAGCUUACAAUGAAGGGUUAAUAUGCAGAGGUAACCAGUUUGCAGGAUGUAAAAGUGUAGGUAAGAUAAGCAAUAAUCCUGAUGAAGUAAUAUACCAUUGUGAUUAAUGUAGCUUUGAUUUAUGCUAGAAAUGCUUUUAGUUACUAGAAAAUGUUCAUGACCAUUCACUUGAAAAAUUAACCUAUGGCCAACUAAUGGAAACUAAAUCUGAUCUCUACGGUUUAGGAUGGGUAUGUGAUUGUGGAACUUUCAAAGGUUGUGAAUUGGAUGGUAAGGCUAUUAUCGAUAUUUAUACAAUUGUUUAUCAUGACAGCAUAAGUUAGUUUGAUUUAUGUGAGUCAUGUGCUGAUUCCUACAAGAUUUGA